AACUAGCCCUCACUGGUGCUGAGAGUUUCCUUAUUGUGCUCACCUUUUCUUCUUAGUUGUGCAACAGAUCAGUUUUUACCAAGUGAGCUUCAUUUGAAGAUGAAGGUAGAACCUGUGGGUCAGCUGUUGUGAACUGAACAGAAUGGCGGAGGGCUCGAGGAGAAAGGCUGCAGUCCAUCCAAGGAAUAUGAACUUCAGCAACAAGAGGGAAUAUUCAUCACCAACACAUGAAUCUGAUGCAGAAUCUGGUUACAGCAGUCAGUCCUUCCGGAGCGACAGGUCAAAAGAUUUUAAUAUUGAAUUUAGAUCAGAGCGACCGUCAGGUGUUGAGAGGCUCUCAGAAAAAUCAGACUCUUCCAUAUUCAUGAGCCACAAAGAUGACAGCUCUAACCUUCCUGAUGAUCGAACAGGCAGAGUGGACCCUCCAGGAUCAGACUGUUCUUCAUCUGGAUAUAGCGAUGCGUCUUUUAGGAGCAACAGGUCUAAAGACGCUGACUGUGACUUUGAUAGUCACACUCCAUUUACACCUGAGAGUUUUAUAAAUAUGUAUGAGAAGCUCAUACAAAGCCAAAAGGAGGUCAGAAGCCAAAAGGAGGUUAUACGCCAACGGGAAGAUUUAGUACGUCAGCGGGAAGAUUUAAUUCGCCAACAGGACGUCAUACGCCAGCGGGAAGAUUUAUUAAGCCAGCGGGAAGAUGUAUUAAGCCAGCGAGAGGAUUCCCUACGCCAGCAGGCAGUUCAGCAGGAGAACCAGGAGGCCCAGUGGAAGAUACGGAUCCAAGAGAAGGAAGUUGCUCAAGAAAAGCAAAAACUGAGAUCUCUAAAAGACAAAGAAAAGGAAACUGAAGAUCUCAAACGAAUAAUAAAAGAGAAGGAUGUACAGCUUCAAUUGAUGAAAUCUGCAACAGCAGAGACAGAAGCUUUGGUGCAAAGAGUUCAUGAGAUGGAAGCACAACUUCAAAAAUCAAGAUCUGCUCUGACAAAAAAGGAAGAUGAACAUAAGAAACUGAAUCAAAGAAUUACGACCCUUGAAGACAUUGAACAAAAGGAAUAUGAAGGCAUGGGAGCUGCUUUGAAAAAUGUGCAAGAAAACGUAAAAUCCCUCACCCAAUGCAUUAAUCAGAUGAAAGACUUUCAACACCAUCACCAGCUUGGGAUGAGCUUGACUCAGAAGGAGAGAAAAGAAGCACAGAGAAAUCUGGAAAAAAACAGCACAAAAGAAUCAAAGUAUUCAAGAAUUGCCAUGACUGAAUCCGUUCAACAUGAUCUCCGUAAGAUAAGCAAUGCAGUAGCCCAAGCGGAGAAGGAACUCAAAUCACUUGAAAAAAGGAUGAAUAAAAUGAAUGAAGAACUUGAAAAAACAAGGAAGGCUGUAUCUGACAAAGAUGAAGAGCUGGAAUCAUUGUACGACAGAGUGGCAGGAGAUGUUGCUUCUUCAAUCAAAACAGGAAAAGCCAUCAACCUUAACAAUCCAGUUAGUCAACCAAGGAUAAUAGAAUUAUAUGACAACUUGAGACAGAAAUGGCCAAAAAUCAAAUCUAGUCUGAAAUCAAAGGGAGGCGAUGGGAACUCAUCUAAAAUCAGACAUCUGAUGCAGAAAGUGUUUGACGACGCAAGGACUAAAAUGACAGAAAAGAUUAAUCACCUAGAUCGUGUAUUUGAACUGAAUACGGCAAGAAGUGAUAUAGCCAAUUCAAAGGUUAAGGAGUAUAGACAGUUAACUAUUCAGAAUUUGCAACUCGCGAUCUACAGUGAGAAACAACAAGAUUUAAAGGACCUCACACCACUAGACCAAUGUAAGACCUCUCAGGAUGUGGAGGAUUAUUUGAAACAUGAAUGCUUCUGGUUGGGCCGCCUGAUGGCUCUGAAUGAUCCUCCUCUUGGACCUGAUUGGCUCAGUCCUCGCACAACAUAUGACAAAUGGGACCUUCUACCUCACAAUAUCAUUUAUUCUCCAAAGUAUUAAGAAAACAUUUCUAAAGUGUGAAAGCAUUUAAUUUUCAUAGUGAUUAAGGAUGUUGUAUAGAUUAAUUGCUUGAAAUUGUGCAAGGUUUGUGCCAUUGUUUCAUUUGUGUAAAAUGCUAUAUUAGUUGUCAGCUUCACUGAAGUAUAUUUAAAAAUUUACUGAAGUAUAAAAUAGCUUUGGCAUAAUUUUUAUCAAGCUUGAGGUUUUGAAUAGACUGUCAGUUAUUGCAAUUAUGUAAACUACUGCAUUUGAAAACUUCUACAAAUAUUUUCAUUUUGUAUAUCACUUUUAUGAUAUAUUUACUGCCAUUUUUUUAUGCUUCUCAAAUUUUAUAGCUGAAUGUUCCAUACAGCCUCAGGCCACAGGAAGACUCAAUGUUUUAGUUUGCUGCAUAAUAAUCUUAUCCAAAACAUGGUGAUAUCUCUUUACCGACUGUCAAAUAAAGCUGAACAAACAUAAAGUACCUAUAAUAAAUUCUGAUUUAGACUGAAAA